GAAAAAAAAAGUCGCUAAAUGCGGAAGUUUGUCUGAAACGGCGCAGAAACAAAAGCGACGAGCUGCGACUGAACCUCACACCAGGAAACUUUAUUUUUCUGCGAACUGGAAGAAAACUGACCGCUCCAUCAUGGCCAUGGACGAGGUUUACUCCGCCACGACGGCCCCCAACCCCAAAUCCUCCUGGUUCGUGGUUCCUACGGAGCACCUGGAUAAAACCCGCUUCAUCCUAAAAAUCUUUCAAGUGCUGCUGUCCUCCGUGGCCUUCUUCCUGGAGGAGGCCGUCAGCCGCUGCUAUAACUGCACACCGCUCUACUUCUUUGAGUUCGUCAGCUGCACGGCCUUCCUCUUCACCCUGCUGCUCCUCAUCCUCCUCUCCACCCCACUGCACCAGAAGGCCACCAUCACCUGCUGGCCCACUGUGGACUUCUGUUACACCGGUGUGAUCGCUCUGCUGUUGUUCAUCUCCUCCAUCGUGUUUGCGUCGAACAACGGCCACUCGAGUCUGGAGACGAGUGCUGUGGUAUUCGGUUUCCUGGCGAUGUUGGCGUUUAUCGCUGAUUUCGCCCUAUUUUGGAAGAACCAAGGGCAUCCCUUCAGUAACGGCGGGAAGGCGCCGACCACUCCUGGUGGUGCCGUGCAGGUGGAGGCUCCAGCAGAGAAAGAGAAACUGACCACAGAGGCCAACGGAGCAGAUUAAAUCCAUCUUUUGGCUGCAUUCAGAGGUCACCGGUUGUUUUACACACUCUUCCUUUAACAUGGCGUCGGAGGCCAGAGCUGCAGAGCCAACGUCCUUUUUAAAGUCUUUUAAAUCCUGCGUUAAGUCAAUGAUUCCGACCGCUGAGAGCUCUGAAACAAUCAGUCUGAAAGUAACCAAUCAUUCCCAGUUCAGAGCAUCCAGCUGUGAGUUUGUCAAGUAAGAAUACUCAGACAGAAACAAACUCCUGUUUUUUUUAUGGAGGUAAACCACAGAGACACUAAAACUGUCAAACCACUAAAUGUUCUGCUGUAAUGUUUAUUUUUAGCAUUUAAUUGAUGCAGUGAAUCAGAGAAAUACGUGGAGUCGAUGUGCGUCGCUUUGCUUUAUCGUCAUUGUCAUAAAAAUAACGAACCCACUCUGUCUGAAUUCACAAACUGUCAGAGAACUCACAUAAUGGACUUUUAGAAAUUGUCAAACUGGGGUUUUGUUGACGUCAGGACCCUUCAUGUGGUCCCAAGAUAAACCUGAGCCAUCACAAAUUUUAGAAAACACAAGAGAAAUAGCUUUAGCCCAAAAAAUUCAGUUUAUUAAAUAUUUUUCCAUGUUUUUCUAUUGAAUUAUUGCACAUUUUCGUCUCCUUGCAUCGCAAAAAUUCUGAGAAGUGGGGAUGAUGUUUAAUUUUCCUGCUGUGUCCCUGAACGCCUCACGACAGCUCAGAUUUAUAUCCUGACACACUGUAAAACAAAUGUGUAAUUUUACAGAAUUUUUCUCUUUUUAACGUAUUUUUUUAGACAGAAAAAAUAGAUAAAAAAGCAAUAAAACUGGGAAAGAAUAAGGUCUCUGAAAUAUACAAGAUUUCUAUGUGAAGUAACGUAAAAACUGAGACGGUAUGAUCUAAAAUUAACUGUAGUUGAUUUUUUUAAAAUUCUGAUCAUGAUUGUUAACAGUGGUUUUACAUUUUUUCAAAGGUAAAUCUAAUUUUAAAGACGGUUGUACUAUUUUCAACUUAAAAUUCUGUCAAAUACAUAUAUUUUUUAAUGGAAAAACCUGAUGUGUUCUGAAAAAACUGUAAAUUCUUGCAAGCUGAAUUACUAGUUUUCCAGAAAUAUUUUUACAUUUUUUUCUAUUUACUGAUUUGUUACCAAACAUAAGACGGAUUAUUUGUAUUCUAACAUUAUUCAAUUAUUUUUAUGGGUGAUUUCAUUGUUUUUAUGCAUGUAAAUAUCCUUCAUUAACCAUCAAAAAGGCUCAAAAACAUACUCAUUAUGUCAAAAAAGACUAGAAACUGUAUCAACUAUGGAAAAUACAGUUUUUUUUCAUUAUUUUACAGUAGUUUUGAGCUGCUGAAAUAUAUAUACCAUAUGCUUUUUUUUUUACAGUGUAACUUUUAAAUGUGUGCUGAAACAUUCAACACCGAAAAUUUGUCUUAAUUACAGUUUUUUGCAGAUGUUCCUACUGUAUCUGACACAAAAACAGUUUUACAGGCAGAGGCUGUACAUACUGCUCCAAGUUGGAAGCAAUGACUUAAUAGAUGUAACCAUGCUUUCAUUUGAAUACUGGCAGGGACACAUUACAUUUCUUGCAUUUUGGUAAAAUGUUACGCUCCAAUUAGUUCCUUUUCUGCGUGGAUUUGUUGGAAAUAUCUUUCUUUAUGUAGAAGAAAACACAAAAUCCAAGCACCUGGGGCCUCAUUUAUAAAACAUUGCGUAGGAUCCAUACUAAAAGUUUGCGUACGCCGAAAAUCUGAAAUGGACGUAUGCCCCUCUCCCCUGAUUUAUAAAACUGUGCGUAAGCACAGCUGCAUGCAAUUUCUUGAUAAAUCACACACCAGCUGGAAGAUUGCGCAGGUGGAUCCACCUCACAUUCUGCCCACAACACACCCACAUUUUUACCAUGAAUGUCAAUGCAAAGUAACUCAUGAAUGUAUCUGUAUAUAAAUAAGCUGCUGAUCCACGGCAUUUUACGCAGCACCGGGGGCUGAGCGUGGUUGUGGUGUGACGCAUGUGGGCCUGUGUGCCUGCGUGCCUGUACAGGGCUGAUUAAUGGUUGGAUGCUCAUCCCAUUCGGCCGCAUAUGGAUAAAUAAACAAAAUUAUUUACUUUUUUUUUGCCUUUUUACUGUGAUAGUUGCAGUGAAGAGUGACGGGAAAUGGGGGGAAGACAUGCAUAAAAGGGCCGCGGGCAGGAAUCAAACCCGGGCCGCUGCAUCAGAGACCAGUCUCUGCAAAUGGAUCACCUGCCUAACCCGAUGAGCUAUAUGGGCGCCGAGUGAUAAGUAAACAAAAUUAUUUAAUAAAGAUCGCCGCACCGGCCCCAGAUACCGGCCCUUCGGUCAAACGACCGAAUGAAAUAACGUUCAAUCCGCUCCUGUUAAUAUAUGAACAUAGUUCUGCAAAUACAGUCGUCGGCCGAAUGACGCACUAUAUGAACAUCUACAACAAUGAGGGUUUAUGAUUAUCCGGCUCUACAAGUCUAAUAUGUGAUAACAAUAAAGGUUUGAGAUCUUCACUUCACCCUCCGGCACUGCCGUUCCCUCUGUCUCCAAAAUAUGCGUAAGCAAGCAUCAAAGUUGGCAUACCGGUGCGCACAUUCUCACGCCAAGUUUGUUUUUAGAAAUCACAACCUUUGCGUAGAAAGUGCCGUACGCCACUUUCUAGCCCUGUUUUGUGCGUACGCAAGCUUUAUAAAUGAGGCCCCAUAUGACAAAUUCUGAAUAUCAUGGAGUAUAAAUGGAUCUGAUUGUGUCUUUUGCGAUAUACUCAGUGGUUGUUUGAGCUCAUAAUUCAUAUUUUGAGAGUAAAACAAGAGUCAGAAAGAAAAAAGGAGCUUUGUAUAUGAGUAAAUGUAAUAGAAGUUUUUGCAAAUCCCUUAAAAAAUUUUGCAAAGUUUUCUUGAUUUUUCAUGUUUUUAAUGGAAGGACCAGUGCGUGUUUUAAAUAGUCCCACGGCUGUCGAAAUAAUGUCUGUUUGUUCAUGUUGUUGUUGAAGUUUUUUUUUGCUGAUGAUUUCUUGCUCCAGUGGGUGUAAUGAUUCAAAAUGUCCAGCAAAUAGCACUACUUAACUGACUCUCCUGCUUACUGGGCUAUAGUGUGUAUCUAAAAGAUGGACAAGGCCUUCAGGUCUGAAAAGUGAAGUCUUCAACUGCAUUCUGUCCAAGGGCCAGCAGGAGGCGAUGUAUCUGGGUGUCUGCUUGUAUCGAAGUCUGAGAUAAUACGCUGACUUGUCGCUUCAUUUUUUACAUCAGUGAACAGUUAAUGGUCUCCUUUGCUAGUCUGAAGUCUCUGUGAGUUAUAGCCACAUGUAGACAUGUUGACACUGCACAUGCACAAUCAUAAUAGAGAACUUGCCCUCUACUAGGACUCCAAAACAUUUUUCAAAAGUUUAAAAACUCAGACCUAGACAGCACCUUCCUACUCAGACACCACAUGCUGAAUGAUAGAAAAUAUACAGCAGUAAAUAUACAUAGGUGCACGUCACUCUGAGCACAACAAGCUUGUUUUUUAUGCAUAAAAUGAACAUUUUUCUCAAAUUUUGGUGUUUCUCUGACUUUAACUGCUACAUAAGUAUGAGAAAACACUUCUAGAAAAUCUUUUGGAUUUGUUUUUUUUAAACAUUUUGAUAAUUGCCAAUUAAUUUACUAUUCAGAAGUCUGUAGGGCUCACAACGAAAUCAAAAAUGAUCAUGAAUUUGGAGUGACUGGAGCUGAAAUUCCCCUAAUCAUGCAGAACUUCCUGUCUUAAUACAAUUUAAACUUUUGAGUUUUAUAAAAAUUCACUUUCUGUACAGUUGUCACAAACAGGAAAAUUAGCUUUAGAGACCAAAACCGUGUUUUGUAGCAGGCUAUAAACAUGUUUAUUUUUGCUGCAAAUUUUUAACCUGGAGGUCUGUUGGGACUUGCUCAUUGUGGGAGUCUCAAGUGGACAUUAGAGGAAUUGCAGUUUUUGAAUUGGAGCUUCAUUUUUCAGUCCUGGAAGCUGCUGCUCAGUGAAAACUGUCAUUGAAUCUCUUCAUAUUUGCACCAGAUUAUCACCAGUUUAAUCUGGAUCAGAGCAGUUUGAGUUACUGAAACAUCUUUUUGUUUAGUCUUUCUUUCAGCACACACACACUGCCAUUAUUUUUUGCCAAAAGCACCUUGUUCACCUGGUUUUAGUCAAUUCUAACGGCAUCCUGUGAUUUUUUUUUAACACUUUUCCACUUCCUAUUUCAUAUUUGCAAAUGCUGAAAUGCGCCUUUUUAAAAUAGUUUUAUAAAUGUGUGAUUGUUAAGAAAAACAUCUGCAGUUUAGUGUCUGUUUUCACUUUUAAUUUUCAUCUGUUUUUUACUUUUAACACUCUAAUUGGUCACGUCUUUAUAAUCUGAUGACGGCUCGAUGCUUUUUUUUGUCAAAUUUGAAUCUAUCUGAAGGUGAAUGAUCAUGUGUAGAAACAGCUAUUUGGACUUUAAAUGUUGUCUGUCGGCGUUUUUCUGAUAUUGGUCUGAAGACUGAAGAUCAGAAUUCGUGCUCGUAAUAACUCAAGAACGUUUUGCCCAAGCAUGUUGAUUUUAUGAGAAAAACAUCUGAGUGUGUUGAGGUCAGUUUCUUCCUUCGGUCUUUAAGUUCAGACUGUCCCGACUGGAUUUACUUUUGUCCACAUUUACUGGGUGAAAAGUUUUGCAGUCAUUUGGUGUCUCUGCGAUCAUUUUGUGACAGUAUAUAUUUGUUUUCUGUCUCUUUGUAGUCAUUUUAUGUCUAUUUGUUGUUGGUUUAUGUCUUUUUUGCCCAUUUUGUGUCUCUGUCAUUUUGUGUCCAUAGUUCUUUUGCCUCUCUUUAUUAAUUUUGUCUAUUUGUGUCUCUCUAUAGCCAUUUUGUGUCGAUUUGUAGUCGUUUUGUGUCUUUCGUCUCUUUGCAAUCAUUUUGUGAUUCUUUAUAGUCAUUUUGUGACCGUGUAUAGUCGUUUCCUGUCUCUUGUAGUCAUUUUACAUCUCUUGGCGGUCAUUUUAUGUCUCUGUACUGUCAUUUUAUGUCUCUUGGCAGUCAUUUUGUGUCUAAAGUUUUUUUGUGUGCUUGUAGGCAUUUCAUCUGGUUUUUUUUUAACCACUUCGUGUCUAGAGUAUUUAAAUUAAUUGUCCAGUCUAUUGAAUUGCUAACAGUCACCUUAAGCCAGGAGCCUCUGGGCCUCCAGUCCUCAUACCAAGGUAAAACAUUCUUUUUUUUCUUUUUCUUUUGUACUUUAGAGAUAAAAUCAUCGUGUUUGAGUGAAAUGUUCCAUUGCUGUUGUGGUUGUAGCUACCAGACAAACAGUCGAGGAGUUAAAACUUGGAUCUGCCUCUAAACAUCCUUCAGUCACACGUCCAAUUCAUGCUCAGAUUUUAGUUGUAUGCCCAGAAAAUGAAGCGGACUGCAAGUUAAAGACCAAGAAAAUUCCUGUUUUUCUCUUUCUUUGUGUCAUUUUCCAAAUGUUUAAAGAUGUAGUAGUAUAUAUUUUUUUUCCUGUGCAGAGUGGUCACGUUUCAUCUUUUUCUCUGUGAUUUUAGGAAAAGGGAAAAAUAAAUCAAAAAUUUCUUCACAGAUGAUUAAAUCAAUGAGAUUCUGAAAUAUCGGGUUCUGAUUCUGACUCUUGAAUGAAACCGAAAACACUUGAAAUCAGCUGUAAAACACGAAAGGACAGAUUAAAACCACGCAAAUAUUUUUAGAGUUGAAUGAGGUUUCAGUUGGUUUUCUUUUGCCUCCGUUUAGAUGAAUUAAAGUGGAACUGGCUUAAUGACAAUCAUGAAAAAUAAUCCCACAAUAUAUAUUAGAUAAUUGAGAUGGAAUAUUUUCAUAUUUACAUCAGCCAGACAGUCCAGGAAUAGUUUAUUUAUGUCCACACAUUCAUAUUUAGGACCAGGUGAAGUGUGUAACCUGUUUUUAUAAUAUAAAUGUAUAAAUCUUACAUAUACUGUUAUGCCUGAAUUAGUCGUCGAUUUAUGUGAAACUAAACAUUGUGUGAAAGUUCAGUGGAGAUCACAAACUGCUGCAAUCACUGUUAUUCUGUCAUGCAAUAAACUGAUUUUCUGUAAAUAAA